AAGCCAUUUUUAAAGACUCUUUUUUUUUUUCUUUAAAAUAUGUUCUGUUUUUCUUAAACUGUUUUUGCUGGUUUCGAAGAGGAACACGCGUAUAAGAUGCAGAGGGGAAAUAAUAGUAGGGAUGACCUCUUUGAUAUGGGCGACCAGUAUGGGGCUUUUCCAGGGUUUGGUGGCUUUGGAUUGCAUAGAACCAUGAUGCCUAACCUAUUUGGUGGGAGGGAUCCUUUUGAUGAUCCAUUCUUCACUCGUCCAUUUGGUAGCAUCUUUGAUGGUAUCGGAGCUACUUCUCUUGAUGCACCAAGGAAAAAUGGAGUAAAUGGAAUAGUAAUACAAGAGCUGGACUCUGAUGCUGAGCAAGGAAAAGCAGAAAAAGGCACUGCUGACCGUUCUAUGUCAAGCAACGAACCAUCCGUUGAGCACCCAGAUAACAGUCCUAACGAGAGGAAGAUGAAUCUUAGAAAUGACUAUGACAGGGUGGAAGGAACCAAGUCAGAGGCUCGCACUUUUAGUGUUCAGACCUGCAAAGUUACUUAUGGUGGUAUAGAUAGUGCUUAUUACACUUCUACCAGAACCAGAAGGACAGGCAGUGAUGGUGUGUUAAUUGAGGAGAGCAAAGAAGCAGAUACGACAACAGGUCAAGCAACACAUAGGAUAUCUAGAGGAAUUAAUGAUAAGGUGGGCCAUUCUGUUACAAGAAAACUUAAUGCAGAUGGUAAGGUGGACGCAAUGCAAAUGUUACACAAUUUGAAUGAAGAUGAGCUUGCCAGUUUUGAAGAGGCUUGGAAUGGUAAUGUGAAAGGGUAUUUGCCUGGCUGGGAUGAUGGAUUUGGUAUGCAUGAAAAUGCUGGGAGAGCAGAUAGUGAAGCUGGGACUAAUUCUCAUGGGGAUGGAACCAAGAAGCUCUUGACGAUAGUGGUUGCUUGCUUGCUUGAGUUGCCUCCACUCGCCUCUAGCUCCAGGGCUCCAGGUCCUCCUUACCUCACGCACGGAGCAAAGAAAAGGAAAGAGGUGGAUGAAGAUGAAGAAGGCAUAGGUGCUGGGUUCGAAAGUGCUGGGUUUGAUUUCGAACCCAGCAGGCACUGGGUUCCGUUUCGAACCCAGCAAUUGUUGGAUCCAUGGAUCUGUUGAGUUCCAUUUGUUUAUCAACUGUUGUUUGUUGGGUUCUGUUUCAAACUCAGCAGUCGUUGGGUCCAUGGAUCUGUUGAGUUCGAUCUAUUUAUAGAUUUGUUAUCUGUUGUGUUAUCCUCGUAUUCUUGCAAGUGCUGAAUUCGAUUUCAAACCUAACAAGCGUUGGGUUUUGUUUCCAACCCAACUGCAGUUAAAUCGAAGCAUCUAUUGAUUUCUAUAUGUUGGUUUGUUGUGAUUCUCGGAUUUAAUAUUAGGAAAUGUUAGGGUUUGUAGAAAUUGAAAGGAAAGGGAGAGGAAGAAGAAAGGGAAAAAAGAAAAACAAAGAAAGAAAAAAUUUUUUUUUAA